CCCUACAGGUGUGAGAAUGUAACUUUGGGGAUCUUAGGACUGCUCGAGAAGGAGACUCUUAUUUUGAAGAGCGGCCCCCAUUCGCCACCCCCGUGAUUUGCACGCUGACCCAAUGGCUAGCCCUUGGCCGGCUCUAGGCUUGUUAUCAAUUACAUGUUGUUCCUACAGCCGCUGUGUCCCCGGGAGGAUAAACAGCAGGCCUGGCCGGCUAGGAGAGGGGGCGGAGUCCAGCGGCCGGCCAGGGACCGUGCCCAGAACCGGGUGCCCCCUCCCCCUGCAUGCAGCCUGCGCCUCUGGCUGCGCCACGUGCUGCUGUUUUUCAGGGACCGGUUUGAGCACUGGCACUCAGACUUUCAGCUCUGGGUCUUCAACGCCUCAGUAUCCCGGGGCCUCUCCGCUCCUGGAUUCAGUCAAGGGCUGUUUCUUGACUCUAGAUCUUGGCCUGUACGGAAGAGUCAUAACUGCUUGUAUUCUGGUGGGGAAGCAGAGCAUAGACAGGUCUCACAGUGGUGCCUGCUGUGAAAGCUAUAAUCCCGGGUGAUUUGUCUAAGGGAAAGUGUCUUCUGAGUUGAAAUAUCUAAAUAAUGAGCUCCCACCUGGAACUCUUGGAGAGACUUCCACAGAGGAGUUGUUGGUGCCAUGGCCCAGGCUCUUUUAGUGCAGAUGAGCCAGGCCUGAAGCAGCUGGAGGGGCAGCGUGGAUGGGCAGGGUGCUGGUGCCCUGGGCCCUGGAGGAAUCGGAAACAUUUUUAUGGCGGGAGGGAGAUUCUUCUGUGCAGUUCCACUUUUGUAUCUGCAUUCGCUACCUUGUUCCUGCCCCGCUUCCAAGUCUCAGUAGGAUCUCACACAGCUGCCCUUGAAUUCAUGAUCCCGGGGCUGUCUCCUGACUGCUGAGAUUCUGAGAAUGAGCCGCUCUGCCCACCAGCACCACUGUUUGUACUUACAGCAGACUGGUUUCUAUCCUUUUAACAAUGGAGUCUGGAGACCACCAUCACAUUUGAAAACAGUGUGAUCGCCUGGUGUUGUGGGGUGUCCAGCUGUGAUCAUGUCAUCUCAGAUCUUAGGUGGCUCUGUUCCAAGUCCUGGGAUACCAUGCGCCCUGCGUUUGCCUGACUGUCCAAAUCUUAAUAAGUGUUCCGGUAUACAUGAGUUCUUUGGGUGUGCAUGCGGCCUCAGAGCUGGGUCACACUGGCAGCACCCAGAUGUGUGCACAGAGAAGUUGUGCCGUUUGCCUGAGGUCACGCAGCUGGUAGCUGCAUGUGAGGCGAGGCGCGUCCCGCGCCUUUGCCUUUCGCAUUGUCUGGCACUUGAUUCCUGCUCAACACCUGCCUUAGUGAAGAGCAUGUAUUUUAAAGCACUCUCCUGCUUUUAGAUCCUCAGCUGAGUGUUUAAACCUAGAUGGCCUCCUGGCAGGAUUACCCUCAGGCUCAGAUCUUGCCUCUAUUCCCUGGAGCAAGAGAGAAACUUAGAGAGCACUGAGGCAUAGAACAGUUGGGGAAAUUGAGACCCAGGGGAGCAAAAUGACUCUGGCCUCUUGGCUGCUGGGCAGUGCCAGGUGCCAGGCUGUGGAGCGGACCUGUGGAGAUGAUGGCCAGGAUGUGGGUGCAGAGACUAUGGACUCUACAUUUCUGCGCAUUCCCCCUCUCCAGUCUUGAUAAUCACACAGCCAGCCGUGGUCACUGGGUGGGGACAAAGGUCCAGAGAGGUGGCCCCAACCCAGCCAGAUACUGUUGACUCUCCUUGGCCGCCAGACCUAGCAUGGGAUUUGGCUUUGGAGGACACGGCUUUCCCUCUCCUUUCUGUCCACAUUCUCUGAGCCCUUCUUGGGUACAUGGUGUGGUGCUGAGUGCUGGGGAUACGGCAGAGUGUGCUGCCAAGAGGGGACACGGGCAUCUGCUGAGCUUCCCCAAGUCGCCACCACAGGCUCGGCCAAGCCAGCAUGGUGGACCACUUGCUUCCAGUGGACGAGACCUUCUCGUCACCAAAAUGCUCAGUGGGGUACCUGGGUGAUAGGCUGGCCAGCCGGCGACCAUACCACAUGUUGCCCUCUCCCAUCUCUGAGGAUGACAGCGAUGUCUCCAGCCCCUGCUCUUGUGCCAGCCCUGACUCGCAAGCCUUCUGUUCCUGCUACAGCUCAGGUCCAGGCCCUGAAGCCCAGGACAGCAUCUUGGAUUUCCUACUGUCUCAGGCCACACUGGGCAGUGGUGGUGGCAGUGGAGGUGUCGGAGAUAGCAGUGGCCCUGUGACCUGGGGAUCAUGGAGGAGAGCCUCUGUGCCUGUGAAAGGGGAACAUUUCUGCUUCCCCGAAUUCCUGUCAGGAGACCCUGAUGAUGUCUCCAGACCCUUCCAGCCUACCCUGGAGGAGAUUGAAGAAUUCUUGGAAGAGAACAUGGAGGCUGAGGUCAAGGAGGCCCCAGAGAGCAGUAGCAGGGACCUGGAGGCCUGCGGCCAGCUCUCCACUGGGUCACACCGGAACCACCUCCAUCCAGAGUCUGGUGGGAGAGAGCGCUGUACCCCGCCACCAGGUGGCACUGGUGGGGGUGGUGCCCAAAGUGCUGGUGAGGGGCCGGCACGUGAUGGCCCCAUGCCCGUGCUGCUGCAGAUCCAGCCUGUUGCUGUGAAGCAGGAGGCAGGUUCAGGGCCAGCCUCCCCAGGGCAAGCCCCAGAGAGUGUCAAGGUCGCCCAGCUCCUGGUUAACAUCCAGGGGCAGACCUUUGCACUCCUGCCUCAAGUGGUACCAUCCUCCAACUUGAACCUGCCCUCCAAGUUUGUGCGCAUCGCGCCUGUGCCCAUCGCUGCCAAACCUAUUGGUUCAGGAUCCCUAGGUCCUGGCCCUGCUGGCCUCCUUGUGGGUCAGAAGUUCCCCAAGAACCCAGCAGCAGAACUUCUCAAAAUGCACAAAUGCACUUUCCCCGGCUGCAGCAAGAUGUACACCAAGAGUAGCCACCUCAAGGCCCACCUGCGCCGGCACACAGGCGAGAAGCCCUUCGCCUGCACCUGGCCGGGCUGCGGCUGGAGACACAGGCCUCCUUUGUUCCCUGCAGUGGAACAUCCUGUUCCAGAGUGGCCAAGCCGCUCCUUCCAGAAAGAAUCUCGCUGGGCCAUAGCUGAAGUGAGUAUUAAUAGCUGUCAGCCACUGUGUGUCAUGUACUACCGGCAUCCAUGGUGGACACAGGAGGCCCCGAGGGGGACAGUAGAGUCCAAAGCCACUGAGUGUUGGUGGAAGUGGGUACCGGAUUUGGGCUUAGUGGUCUGGUUUCAGGCCAGCUCUCUUGGCCUUCAUCACCGCUGCCCAUGUGUAGGGGCAUGUCCUCUGGCCUUGUGGCUGGCAGAUGCCCACAUAUGAUCUGCAGGUUGCACACUGCACAUGCAGCCUUAGGGGCUGCAGUUUCUGAGAUCUGGCUGUUGACAGUGACUUUCUGGCAGAUGGCAACUUGUGUCUCACACAGUUCUUAUGCUGGCAUUCCUGAUGGCCCCUGUGCGUCUUCUGCCCUAUCACCCAACGGCGAGAGUUAUGAACCUGCCCCACAGACACCAGGCACCAGGCCCUUGCCAUGUACCAGGAACGUCUUGCGUUCAGUAGGAGCUCACAAUUCUUAAACAGUUGCCACAUCUGAAGCCCCAUUGUCUGUAAUUGUCCCCUGAGAUAAGCCUGUCAUUGUUACUGUCCCAAGGUAGGGAUACCAGGGUUUAGCAGGACUUGGCAACCUGCCCAGACCAAUCCCAAGGCUGUGUCCUGCCCAGCUAAGAUCUUGUAUCUCUUGCUCAUUGCUGCCUCAGGCUUCUCCUUUGGCUGUUAUCAGAGGAUGUGACCCAGUCAGGCAGGGGUCAUCUUCAACUCAGUUACCAGGACAUUCCUGUCAGGUACCAAAAGGCUGUGACAGCAGAGGGAGGCUCUGGAAUGGGGACACCUUGUUCUGUGGCAUGGCUGCCCCUCAGCUGCUGUCCCUCUCAGGAAGGCAUGCAGGAAGUGAGGGAGGAAACUGAGGUCCCGGAUGCUCAGGACCAGUGAAAUGGGGACUGUCAAACCUGUUCUUCCUUGAGAGGCUCCGUGCCCAACGCCUGGUGAGAGCACGUGGCUAUGACACAGGGUCCAGGCCAGGAAGAGAAAGCUGAGAGGCAGGAGCAGACAGGCCAGGGGAGAGGCUUCAUUCCAGCCUCAGGUGUUCUGUCUCAGUUCACAUCACUGUGAAUUCUAUCUAGUUAAGUAGUCCUCUAAGAGACAUCCCCGUGCCCGGUCCCUGGGACAUGGCUGCAAGGCAGCAGCUUCCACACUGGCUCUGCCUGCCUUUGCAGGCCCUGCACUGCUCAAAGCACAGGAUUUUGAGGCCCUUGGUGUCAUGAGCCCUGCCGGUUGUCGAUGUCACUAUUAUUCUUGUUCCCCAGGCUAAGGUCAGGGUGGUCUACUGCAGAAUCUGAGCUAAGGUGACCGUAGCUCUAGCAACUGAGUGUGACGUCUCUGCUGUCCACCUCAUCUGCCACACCGAGUGGCACCUAUCUAGAAAUGGGGUGCUGGGCCUGGGACUCCUGUGUGUUCCUGGGGGUAUAUGCAGUGAUCAGUGUGUGACAAUCUUUUCUCAUCCCGGGGUGCCUGCUGAGCACCCCCCAUUUAAAUGCACCUCCUGGACACAGAGAACAGGGAGUGCGCUCUUCUUCCUGGAACUUACGCUGUCUAGGCACAGCUGAGCCUAAUCAAGAUGUUGGAACUAGUCUGAAAAUGCCACGGAGCUGGAGGUGGUGCUCGGUGGUGGAGUGCUUGUGUGUCCGAGCUUUGCUUCCCCAGCACACACACAAGAGAUAAUAAGAUGGUGCGCAGUGCUGUGGUACAGCUCAGCACAUGGUGCAGGACCCUCAGGAAGUGACACUGGGGAUAGACUGAGGAAUGAGCGGAUAAGGACAGAGAGGAGAGGGGAGAGUGCGUAAGUGUCUUGUCGCAAGGAUAGAGGAAAAGUGAAUAGGUGGGGUAGUGAGGCCCUGGGGUCCUGUUGCUAGAGCAAAAGCCAAAUGGAGAGUCUUAGGUCUCUGAAGUUAUUCCAAACAGCCUGGGCAUUGUGGCCUAGCUCUGGUUCCUGCCUGUUCCAUGGAUCUCUGUUCCCAGGCCUGCAGUGACUGAGAGAGAGGCAUGUUCCAGAAAUCCAUUUAAAUGCUUAGACGUACCGUGAAGGCAUGUUUGGAGGCAUCUCAGAGGAUCCCAUGUCCAGGUCUACAGAAUGCCAGGUCCUUCUGCCCUGUGCAGUAGAAGAAGAAUGGCCAGGCGCUCCCGUGGUCUGAGGAGUCUGGUUCCUUUGUUGGGCCUGUCAGCUCUGGCGGGUCUUCCCAGGCCCUUCAGGCGUUAUCUAUGUGGGACCAAAUACUGCUGACCUGCUGUUGACAAUAUAGGAGCGAUCCAGUUCCACUGAGUUACUGUGGGAGGGAGGGAGUCCCAGGUGGCUAGCAGCCUUAGGUCCCUUUCCCAUGCAGAACAGUAGCCAGCUACCGUGGGAAGCAGGCCCUGGCCAGGAUAGAAAACCCAUGCCUCGUUGUCUUUACCCUUGCUUCUGGGAGGUCUCAGGGGCACUGGGGCUUGCCAGGAUCUCAUUGGGUGGCUACAAAGGCGGUCUAAUCAUUUAAGAUCCAGCCUGCUAGCCAACUGUACCCCCACCUGGUGCUGGGGAGGCUGUGGCACUGGCUUUGUGGUCACUUGCAGUGGUGGUGCCCACGCUGGCCUGGCUGACCGCCAUGUU